ACAGAAUAUAUUUUAGGUUAUGUUCCAAUUUAUGUGUCUGUACAUUUGAUCAUAUUGUGUUCAAUUUUAGGAAAAUAAUCUAUAUAGAAAGUCCAUUUGAUACCGAAAACAUCAAAAUGGAAUAUAUCGAAGACCACGCUACCAGCGGUCCAACUAAAGCUAUGAUAUUAUGUUGCCAAUGUUCACAAGCAAUCGAACCAAAUCCAGCCAAUAUGUGCGUGAAUUGUCUCCGUUCAAAAGUCGACAUAACCCAAGAUAUUCCGAAACAGGCCACCCUUCAUUUCUGUCGUGGAUGUGAGAGAUACCUUCAUCCAUCUGCAGAAUGGGUACGUUGCCCAUUAGAAUCCAAAGAACUCCUGUCACUUUGCCUAAAAAAGCUCAAGGGUCUCAACAGAGUAAAACUCAUCGGCGCAUCGUUCGUAUGGACUGAACCACAUUCUAAAAGAAUAAAGCUAAAACUGACAGUUCAGGGAGAGAUAGCUGGAGGAGCUGUACUAGAGCAGGUUUUUGUUGUUGAAUAUACUGUUGCGCAUCAGAUGUGUAACGACUGUCACCGCUCAGAAGCACAAGACUUCUGGAGAGCAUCCGUUCAAAUCAGGCAAAAAGCUGAGAAUAAAAAAGCGUUUUACUAUCUGGAACAGCUUAUUCUAAAACAUAAGGUUCAUGUUAAUACUCUCGGCAUCAAACCUGUUAACGGGGGUUUGGACUUUUAUUUCACAACUGAAGGUUAUGCCAGGAAAAUGGUGGAAUUUGUAGCUGCACAUCUACCUUGCAAAUACCAGCAUUCAAAGAAAUUGAUUUCACACGAUAUUCACAGUAACGUUUAUAAUUAUAAGUUCACUUAUUGUGUAGAUAUAGUACCUAUCUCAAAAGAUAGUGUGGUUUGUCUCCCUAAAAAGUUAACUCAGCAACUAGGAGGAAUUUCACCAAUAUGUUUGGUUUACCGAGUCACCAAUUCGGUACAUUUGUUGGACCCAACUACAGCGCAAAUUGCUGAAUUGAAUGCGACAACAUUCUGGCGUUACCCUUUUGGUUCCAUUUGUAAUCCCAAGCAGUUAAUUGAAUACAUCGUUAUGGACAUUGAAGUGGUAAUGAACAAAUCACGAAAAUGUUUCCCAGGCCAAGGGGCCAUAUCCCAAAACCAUGUUUUAGCUGACAUUUGGGUGGUGAAAGCUUCUGAGCUGGGCAUAAACGAAAACACAAUUCACACCAGGACUCAUUUGGGGCAUAUACUGCAACCUGGGGACUCGGUAUUAGGUUAUAAUUUGGAGGACAGUAAUAUAAAUGACACCAACUUUGACGGCUUGGACAAGUCGAAAGUUCCUGACGUUCUAUUAGUGAAAAAAUCCUUCAAAGAUAGGUGUUACCGAAAGAGACAGAGGAUUUGGAAGCUGAAAAGACUAGCUGAAGAAGCAUCUGCUUUUGAUACUGACGCAAAUGACUUUAACGAGUUCUUGGACGACCUCGAGGAAGAUCCGGCUUUGAGGCAGAACAUUAACAUUUUUAAGGAUAAUUCUAAGCAGAUUCCAGUAGAUUCCUUUGACGAUAAUUACGAUGAAAUGGGACUAGGAGUAUCUUUGGCAGAGAUGCUCGAUGAUAUGAUCAUUGAGGAUGUAGAGAUGGACGAAGUGCAACAAAGUUAAUUUUGGCAUUGUAAAAAAUGUAAUACAGAAUUAUUUUUGUUGAA